GUGAUAUGUAAGUAAAGAUAUAUAAAGAACAGAAUUAUUACCUAUAUCACUAUCUGAUCAUCUACAUCAAGAUGUCUUCCUUGAAUAUCCUACUGUUUUUAUUCAGUGUAACACUGACUGUCUGUUAUGCUACUGAUAAUGUUAUAUUCAGGAAGAAGAGAAGUGGGUGUGACCAAACUUAUUAUGGUCCAAAUGGAAAUAUCGAAAGUCCAGCUGAGAAAAAUGGUUUUUAUGCUAACAACCUAUGGUGCACCCUUACCAUAAAGAAUGAAGGUGGACCUAAAGAUAUUGUACUGGAUCUUAAGAAGUUUGAUUUGGAACCUCAGAGGUCGUGCUAUUGGGAUAGUUUAACCGUUCCUUCCGGACAUGGUAUUUACCCAAAUAAACUGUGUGGUCAAAGAUCUGGUCAACAAAAAACAUUGAGGAAUGUCUAUGGCGAUGUUAAAUUGACAUUUAAAACCGAUUCUUCAGUAACAUAUCCAGGUUUCUUAAUAAAGUAUACGGUUGUAGACAGUGAGAAAGAUGGUGGAUACCUGACAACACAAGAACCCGGAAUGGCACCUGGUUGGAAUUUCGUAACACAUACCUAUUAUGAUAAUGUUACUGAUUUCAAUAAUAACAACGGAAGUUACCUAACCACACAAGAACCUGGAAUGGCUCCUGGAUGGAAUUUUGUAACACAUAACUAUUAUGAUACUGUUACUGCUUCCAUUUCAAACAGCAGUUACAACAACGGAAGUUACCUAACCACACAAGAACCUGGAAUGGCUCCUGGAUGGAAUUUUGUAACACAUAACUAUUAUGAUACUGUUACUGCUUCCAUUUCAAACAGCAGUUACAACAACGGAAGUUACCUAACAACACAAGAACCUGGAAUGGCUCCUGGAUGGAAUUUUGUAACACAUAACUAUUAUGAUACUGUUACUGCUUCCAAUUCAAACAGCAGUUACAACAACGGAAGUUACCUAACAACACAAGAACCUGGAAUGGCGCCUGGUUGGAAUUUUGUAACUAAUAACUAUUAUGAUACUGUUACUGAUUCAGAUUCAACCAGCUACAAUUUUACUACGUCGGCAUAAAAUUUCACGGAUUCAAUUGUCUUUAUCAAGUCGUGGAUCUCAUACAUGAAUAUUUGAAUAAAUAACAUUGUAUCGUCAUGGUUAAAUAGCAUAGUCUUGAUUAAUUAUUAUAGUCUUGAUUCAAUAGAAUAGUCUUGGUUAAUAUUAAAUACUCUAAGUGUAAUUAUGUUUCUUCCGUCUACAUUUUCCUUAUUACAUUGAAUGUGAUUGUAAAAUACAAAAUUACAAGUAAUUAGAAAUAAAUAAAACUGAUGA